AUGUCUCGUUUCUUCAAAGACAACUCCCCUGCCAAGAAAGCCAAGCCCGAACAGACCUCUGACGGUGCUGGUUCUGACCAUUUCAAGACUGUUGGAGAGGUCUACCCCGGGUUCGUCUGCCCCCUGGACCGGAAGGUUCUCCUGAAGAAGUACACGAAGACCGGCCGCCCCUGGAUCGUGUGCUCUGGCAACGUCCAGAACGACCCGGACUCCUGUCAAUUUUCAGCCAACCUCUUCAGUCGGGACCGCGUCAAGGAAGGAGAGAAGUCGAAGAUCGCGUGCAAGAUCUGCGACGUGCCAGUGGAGUUCACCCCGUCCAUCGGCGAGCCGACCGGCGAGAAGAACCCCCUGACGGGAAAGCCGGGUGAGUGUUUUUUGUUUGUAUCUUCUCUCUACUUUUUUUUUUUGUACCCUCGAGUGUGCUGCCCUUUAUAACCUCGAGUCGGGCCCUCCCUGUGUAUUUCGCUGUUCUUCCAUGGACGCACUGCGCGCUCAUUCGUUGCAUCCUUCGAGAAUCUGUUGCGUUUCUUUUCUGCAUCCAGUCUACAUACUGUAUCCAUCGAUAUAGCGUAGUUGCCGGAGUGCUGCCGGUGUUUUCGUAUGUAUCCUGCCUCUUCACACCAGUCAGUCUCGUAUUGCAUGACGUUCCCAAUUUUUUUUUGCACCAUCACUUUCUUCCCCGUCUGCCAUGCGCAUCAGUCUUCGAGAACACGCACGUGUUCUUUCCCCACUGCUGGGGCAAGCAGACCGAAGACCCUGUCUCCGGAAAGUCCCUGCUGGUCCACUGCACCGCCGCCACCGGCGCCGUCGUCGGGGUGGGUUUUUCUAAUUUGCAACGCCUGCCUGCCAGUUUAAUUGAAUAUAUCUCUAGGGUGAGUUCUUGUGAGAUUUCCUCGUUUACAAUUGUCGCCUGUGCCUUCCAUGCUGUCGUUUCAACCAUCUUAAUGCACUGAUGCUACAACCUCCUGCUAUACUCGCCUACAUCAUAAUCGGGGUGAGCCUUUUUGUGUUGCACAAUUCGGUCAGUUUAUUUAGAUUCCAUGCUUUGUUGCUGCUUCAACCUGCCUGUUGUUGUACGUCCCAACCAGACCACCUGCAAGGCCUACGACCCGACCACUCCCUUCGACGACCUCAAGCUCGGCUGCACGGGUGACAUUAACGCGGGGGACAUCAUCAUCAGGUCCUGGGCCCUCAAGGACCCCCCGCAGGGUCUCCACGCCCGCUGCGCCAAACGGAAGCACACCGCCCUGGUGCGUCAAUUGUGCUGUUUUUCCUUUUUUCCCCGUUGUUUUCCGAGAGAGUGUCGCGCCAUUACAGUGUAGGUAUUUUUCUUAGACCCUCUUUCCCCUGCUAUCUGGUUUCCUUUACAUUAUGCACUAUUUACCCCAUUUUACCACUGCUUUCAUUUCUCGCUCACGUAUUCUUGACGGCACUUUCCUUUUUGCUCUCUGUCCUUCCCCUCUCGCGCACCGACAUGACACAACGACCUAGAAGACGAACGCAACUAUGUGUGUGCUCAUUGUGAAUCUAUGCUGUGGAAAGAGGAAAGAGCUAGACGAUUCAGUUGCUGCAGUAACGGUGAAUAUGCGAUACACAAGUUGAAAAAUGUUCCUACCAACGUGUGGGAUAUUUACAACACUUAACACUUCAGCCGCAACCAACGAAAAUACAACAGUCUUUUCUCUUACACUGCUCUCGCCGGUAAUAGACUACGUAAACAAACAUGGUGCAACCCCAGCGGCAGUUCAAUGUUGACUAUGCAUGGGAGAGCGUACCAUCGUAUAUUUGAUUUGCAGCAACACUACGCAGGCAUGAAUGUCGCAAAUUCCUCUCGCUAUUACAUUUAUGACUCAGACUUUAACUUGCAGUCUCGAGCCCUUCAUGUAAACCAAGACACGGCAGCGUCGUUGCG